AUGACUGAAAUCCACCACUCUACCGCUGUUCCAGGCGCCAAUGGCACCACACGGAACAUCUCCAACGUCUACAGCAGAGUCGAUCACUCCUCUACAAACAAAGGCCAUUCUGAAGCAAAACCCCUCGUCUCCUCCUGGCUUCCCACCUUCCACGACACCCUCUCCCCGCUCAUGCGCUGGACAGGCCACUACCCAGCCAAGCUACAAGACUACUAUCUCAACUUCGCGCGCGACGUCGUAGUCCCCCGCCUCAACCCGCCUCGCCCGGCCGACUGGCCCAAAUACAUCGGCACGCACGACCAUGCGCCAUACGAAAUCAGCAUCGCCUUCGCACCUCGCAAAAAGGCCAAAGUGCGGUUUUCGGUGCAGCCGCUGGUGGACAGCCCCAGGGAUGACGACCUCCUCGGCCAGAAGGAGCUAUGUAAGAAGCUCGAUGAUAUGGCGAUUGCAUGCCACGCGGACCGCACGCGCCAGGAUGCCUUUCUCGACGCAGUCUUCCUCACGGAUGAGGAACAAGCCGGCCUGAUUGAGAAGAGCGGUGCGGCUGGCGCGCUGCCGCAGCAGAACGUCUUUUGUGCGUUUGAUCUCGAGCCUGCCGACGAGAACGGGAGCCCGACUAUUCACAUGAAGACGUAUCUCUUCCCGCAGCUGAAAGCGCUCGCAACAGGCCGGGAUCUCAUGGACAUCACAGAGUCAGUCCUGAUACGUCUCGCUGACGGCGACAAGGCGCUGCUGGAUGCCUGGGACAUGCUCAAGACGUUCCUCACCACCGACGGCAAGGACAACCUCAUCCACUUCUUUGCAAUCGACGCGGUGGCGCCGUAUAUGAAGCCUCGCUUCAAGAUUUACACCCACACGCACGUUAAUUCGCUCGCAUCAGCCCAGCACGUCAUGACGAUGGGCGGCCGCCUCCCCACACCCAAGUUUCUGAAUACUGUCUGGCCCCUGCUCAUGGAUAUGGAAGACGUUCCCCUGGCCGAGAGGGACGGACUGCAGAAGCCGCUCGCCGAGCCGGAUAGUAAGUACUGCGGGCUCAAUCCCACCUUUGAGCUGGUGCCGGGCAGUGCGGUCCCGCAUGUGAAGAUGUAUGUGCCUAUUUGGCAGUACGCGCGCGAUGAGCCUGGGGUCGUGAGGCGGUAUCAGCGAUUGCUGGAGACGCAGGGGUUGGGGAACUAUGAUAUGGAAGCAGCUGUUCAGUGCACAUUGUGA